GACACGCGUUCAGGAAACCUGUAUGUGUUUAUGUAAGGUUGAGAUUUAUGGUCUUCUGAAGUUGUUUUUUCACUAACCACCGUUUACCUUUCAGAUGGGAGGAAAAUGCGACGAGAAUUAAGAUAUGUUAAGUUAUCCAGUCAAAUAGAUAGACAUAAAGACGAACCGAUCACUAUAGAGUGACAGUGACGCCAAACCCCAAGACAGGACUGUAAGGUAACUGAAAAAGAGAAUGAACAAUUGAGGGCUGUCAUGAGGAUUCCAAAAUUUGCUCUUGCCUUUCUCUUUGUUGUUUGCGUGGUGGUGUAUCUGACCUAUGUCAAGUACCACAAUGACGACAAGAGGCCAACACUUCUCAAGCAACCGUUAUACCAUUGGGCCAUCGACCACCACCUGAGGCCAACUUCAGCUGAAGUAGUCAGUGAAGAUUUCUUGUAUGGAAUUAUGUUUGAUGCUGGGAGUACGGGGACGAGGAUACACGUCUUUAAAUUUCUCCUUCAACCCAAUGAGUCUCCUAAAUUGGCACACGAGACCUUCAAAGCUAUUAAACCAGGUCUCUCUGCGUACGCAGAUGAUCCUGAUAAAUGUGCGGAUGGCAUCCUUCAAUUACUUGAAUCGGCCAAGGACAAUGUCCCUGCGCUGCAGUGGAAGAGCACUCCACUGGUGUUGAAGGCAACUGCAGGGCUGCGUCUCCUGCCAGGGGAAAAGGCUAACCACCUACUGACCAAGGUUAAGGAAAUCUUCGGAACCUCCCCCUUUCUCACCAGGGAGGAAAGCGUGUCCAUAAUGGAUGGCACAGAUGAAGGAGUGUCAGCAUGGAUCACCAUUAACUUCCUAUUAGGUGGGCUGCACACCGCUGCCACACCCACCGUAGGAAUGCUGGACUUAGGAGGAGGCUCCACACAAAUCACCUUCUCCCCAAAAGACGAGAAAACCAUUCAAACCUCACCAGAUGAUAUUACAUCGUUGAAGAUGUUCAACCUGACCUACACACUCUACUCACACAGCUACUUGGGCCUUGGCCUGAUGUCAGCGAGACUGGCGGUAUUAGGAGGAACCGAAGGACAACCUCUCCAGGAAGGCCAGGAGCUGAUUAGCCCAUGCCUUGCUCCUGACUAUACAGGCCAGUGGGAACAUGCGGAAGUCACCUACACUCUGAGAGGACAGAAAGCAGGAGAACCUAUCUAUGAGUCUUGCCUUAUGAAAGUGGAGAAAAUGCUUUACAAGAAAGUCAAGAAGGUGGAGGACUUCAAAGAUAUGGAGUUCUAUGCGUUCUCAUACUAUUAUGAUAGAGGUGUGGACCUAGGAAUCAUAGAUGAGCAAGACGGAGGGUCGAUUAGAGUAAGUGACUACAUUGAAGGUGCCAAAAAAGUGUGCAAUAAUAUGACUUCCAGUUCUGAAGGGAAUCCGUUCAUAUGUCUCGACCUCACUUACAUCUCAGUUCUACUACAGGAGCUGGGCUUCCCUGUAGAUAAAGUGUUUAAGCUUUCCAGGACAAUUGAUGGUGUAGAGACGAGCUGGGCACUGGGGGCAACAUUUCACUUCUUAGAGACACUGUGAACCUGCCACCUGACCAGUUCCAGGCUCAGGUUGACAUAAUAGUUGGCCAGUGAGGAUUUAAGA